ACAGAAAAAAGAACCAAAACCAUAACUACACUAUCAAUAUCCUAUUAUACAUAGCCUUUUUUCUUUUCCUUUUAUCAAAACAUGACUAGAUUUUGAGAUUAUAAUAUAAGAUUUUUGAUACUAUAUUUUAUAAUAAUAUUAUAAUGGGAAGAGGUAAGGUAGAAUUGAAGAGAAUAGAAAAUAAGAUAAACAGGCAAGUUACUUUUGCUAAGAGAAGAAAUGGAUUACUCAAAAAAGCUUAUGAGCUUUCUAUUUUGUGUGAAGCUGAAGUUGCUCUUAUCAUUUUCUCUAAUAGAGGCAAACUCUAUGAAUUUUGCAGUACCUCUAGUAUGUCUGAUACACUGGAGAGAUACCAUAGAUGCAGCUAUGGUGACCUUGAAACUGGCCAGUCUUCAAAGGAUUCACAGAAUAACUACCAAGAGUAUAUGAAGCUGAAAGCAAGAGUUGAAGUGCUACAACAGUCACAAAGGCAUAUACUUGGAGAGGACUUAGGACAAUUAAACACAAAAGAUUUGGAACAGCUUGAGCGUCAACUGGAUUCAUCUUUGAGGCUAAUAAGAUCAAGAAGGACACAAAACAUGCUUGAUCAACUUUCUGAUCUUCAACAAAAGGAACAAUCUCUUCUUGAAAUCAACAGAUCCUUGAAAACAAAGUUGGAAGAAAACUCUGUAGCACAUUGGCAUAUCACUGGAGAGCAAAAUGUACAAUUCAGACAACAACCUGCUCAGUCAGAGGGGUUCUUUCAGCCUUUACAAUGCAAUACUAAUAUAGUGCCAAACAGGGGCGAAUUCAGAAUCUGAAGUUCAUGUAAGUACAGGUACAAUGUGGCUCCAUUGGAUAGUAUAGAACCAUCAACACAGAAUGCUACUGGAAUUUUACCAGGAUGGAUGCUUUGAAUGGGAAACAAGCAAUUAAGUGGUUGAAAGUUUGAGAUUGGAAACUAAGAACCAAUAAAUGUAAUUUCUUGCAUACAUACAAGUUGAGUUUUUUGUGUUUCAAAGACUAACUAGCUUGCAUGUUUAGUAAACUAUAAUGAUAUAUAUAUAAAUAUGUCAUGUAAUAAGUCAAACAUACAUUUCUAUUUUGGACCAUUUCUCGACUUGUGCGUGAUAUUCAUACUAAUCUUUUUUUUA